AGCCUUUCGAGCUAAUUAGCUCAGCAUACAACAAAGAUAAGUGAGCCUGAGAGGAGGGCCCCCUGAGGGGUCUUUAGAUUCUGGGAAAUGUCUGAUUGGCAGAUGUUAAAAGGGAUUCUUUGGUAAUCCAGUGCAUCAAUGAGCUGCACAAAUUCAGUCCAGGACUGCAAGAAUUCAGGCAUGAGGACACUGUGCAGCAGGCUCACACAGACAGACCCGAGAUGGACAGAACCUUGGAAUCUCUGAGACACAUCAUUGCCCAAGUCUUGCCUCACAGAGACCCAGCUCUAGUCUUCAAAGACCUGAACGUUGUGUCAAUGUUACAGGAAUUUUGGGAAAGCAAGCAGCAGCAGCGGGCUGCAUUCCCAAGCGAAGGUGUGGUCGUCUAUGAGUCUCUGCCAUCCUCCGGGCCUCCCUUUGUGAGUUAUGUGACACUCCCAGGGGGAAGCUGUUUUGGCAACUUUCAGUGCUGCUUAAGUAGAGCUGAGGCCAGGCGGGAUGCAGCAAAAGUGGCCCUAAUCAACUCCCUCUUCAAUGAACUGCCUUCUCGCAGGAUCACCAAGGAAUUCAUUAUGGAAAGUGUUCAGGAAGCGGUGGCCUCCACCAGUGGAACUUUAGAUGAUGCAGAUGACCCGAGCACGAGCAUUGGAGCCUAUCACUAUAUGCUGGAGUCAAACAUGGGGAAGACCAUGCUGGAGUUUCAGGAGCUGAUGACCAUUUUCCAACUACUGCACUGGAAUGGAAGUCUAAAAGCCCUUCGUGAAACGAAGUGUUCUCGACAGGAAGUCAUCUCCUAUUAUUCCCAGUAUUCACUAGAUGAAAAGAUGCGCAGCCACAUGGCACUGGACUGGAUCAUGAAGGAGCGGGAGUCACCAGGAAUUCUCUCUCAAGAGCUGCRAAUGGCCCUGAGGCAGUUGGAGGAAGCCAGGAAAGCAGGACAAGAACUACGGUUUUAUAAAGAGAAGAAAGAAAUCCUAAGCUUAGCCCUGACUCAGAUCUACAGUGACCCUGACCCUUCCUCACCCAGCGAUGACCAACUGAGCCUUGCGGCCCUUUGUGGCUACCACUAGCAAGGCCAGGUCCCAGUGCCCCCAAGGACUCUAACCUUAGGAAGCUCUUUGAAGGAGCAUCAAUAGCUACUACCUGAAGGCUGUACUAAUACUCCCAUCCAUGCCAUUCAUAGACCGUGGGAGU